GAGAUAUACCUACUGUAAUAGAACAACCAUUUGAUAUGCAAGAUAUUCUAACAGAAUCACCUCAAGGAAUACGAACUGUUGUGUAUGAAGCAAGGUUUUUGAAGACAUUGUUUCUAAGGCUACAAAUGUCUUAAAGCGCAGAUGAAAACAAAAGAAAAAGAAAAAUGGUGGUCGAUAUGGAACUUCAAGAAGCAAAAGAUGAGGUUCUUCGGCUUAUGAAAGAUAAAGAUAAAAUUGAAUCGGAUAUACGCGCGCUAAAAGAUGUAUUAGAUAGCAACCAUGUGGGUAUGGAUGAUCCUCUGGUGGAUUCUGAGGGGUAUCCAAGACAGGAUAUUGAUGUAUAUCAAGUUAGACAUACAAGGCAUCGGAUAAUAUGUCUUACAAAUGAUCACAAAGCAUUGAUGAAGAAGAUAGAAGAAGGUUUACAUAAAGUACAUUCUCUUUCUGGGAAUCAAAUACAAGAGGCUAUAGCAACAACCAGCGAUAUUGAAGAACCAUUUUCAACAGAACCUUUUCUGAGAGUAAAUUUGGUGUCACCUUCUUCUCCAGCCGAAGUAGCAGGAAUUCAAGUCGACGAUCUGAUCAUAGAAUUUGGCUCUAUUAAUUAUGGAAAUUUCAAGACGUUAAAGGAUAUCGCAACAUUAGUAGAACACAGUAGGUAUAAGUCUUUGGAUAUAAAACUUAAGCGUGGAUCAAGUAUCUUGGCCCUGACUUUAAUACCACGUCCUUGGGAUGGCAAAGGUCUACUGGGAUGUAAUGUAAUACCUCUAGAAGUUGUCGAAAGAUAAAUUAUUAUUAUAAACUAUAAGAAACUUCAUGAUUAUACUUAUAUAUAUACACACACAUAUAUAUAUAAAGUUAUUUUUAUGCGCAUUUUAAUUGGCAAUAAAUUAAUAUUUAUAAAUAUAA